AUGCUACGUCGACAGAGUGUCAAGUCUAAGCCGGAUCUCAGACGCCGCAAGUCAACCUCGUCAGCAACACACGGAGUCCAUCUCGAACACCUCGAUCCAGCCGUCGCUCAACGAGACGCCCAGGUUGCGGCCUGUCAGGCAUACGCUCGAGCUCAAGAUCGGAGUGCCAAGGCAGACAUGUCACUGUUUCCGCCAACACCCGAUACCUCUCCACGUCGAACACAAGCAGCUCGGAGCGGCACUAAGCCUGAAGCAAGUAGCACUCCCCAUCACGGGCAGGAGAACAACCAAGAUCUUCACCGUAGACAGAGCGUGCGGUUUAUGGGGCCAUGUUCUGUUAAAGGGGAGAAACGCCUUGGUCAAGGUGCUUACUCCCACACCAAACGAAACUCCAUGGACAUCGGCCAAGAAGACACUGCGCAACUACAACCCAACGAUCAAGAUUCAAGCAGUGUUCACAGUUAUAGUUUGGCCAACAACGUCAAGGAGCUUUCGAAUAUACACCAGUCAUGCCAACCUCCCAAGACUUCGCCUUCAGCUCCCGUCACUGGUGUUGCGGCCGACUACAUCCAUGCUCUUGUCGCCAGCGAAGAUUACUACACGCCAGAAGAUAAUAUCGCCUCUGCUCCAUCUUCAUACCGUCGUAUCAGAAGGUCCAGAUCAAUGUUCACCUCCGAAGAUCCCGAGAGCAGGAAAAGUCAAGACGACUCCGUGUCGUUUGUUGAUGGUAGAGUGCCUCCUUCCAGGUCAACGCUGGGUAACUCUAGCCACAAGACACUCGCCAAUGGCAAAGAGAACGAUCCCUUGACGGGACUGCCGCCGCUGAGAACCCCAAAGUCGAUGAGUUUCUUGAGAACUCGGAGCGCUCACUCCAGAUCAGACACACAUAGGACCAGCAUGGACCAGAUGCAUAGUCCCCUUGAAGCCCCCAGUGUGCUGGGCGAUAGGUCCCACGCCAGUGAACGAGGCACCCCACGUCUUGUUUCCAAAGCUUCAACAAUCUUCAUUUCACGGAAUCGAAGAGCCGAGCCAAAGAUGCGAAAAUCGCUUCGAAGCGCCAGCUGUGGCGAUGACUUGGCUGAAACGAACCCGAACCUCACGCUUCUAACUACACCCUCGGGAAAGGAUGAUGGCUUCAAGCACAAGGCCAGGAAGGUCUCCAAAACCUUGAAAACAAAGCUGAAGAGUUUCUUCAAUCUGACCAAAUCUGAGGAUUCGUGCACAAUCCCAGUUCAGCACAUCGACUCUCAGAGAACCCAUGUCAUGGACGAUGCCGGGUCCAUACACUCCACAGCAUCGGAUCAAGAGGUCGCGGAGAAGAUCGAAUGGGGCUCGAUUCAUCAAGUGCCUUCAAAGAUACCCUCCCUCCAGGUCGUCCCGUCCAACCUUCACCACUCAAAUAAGGGCAGUCUCGAGAGCCUUAGGAGUGAGCGAGAACGCAAUGUGUCGGAUGAUAAAUCAUUGACCACCUGGGUGCACUCAGGUCCAAGCACGCUUACCAGUCAGCAACAAGAAGAAUGGAGAGAGUGGGAGCGGCAACGUCUUUCCAUUAUCAAUGAAGGCGGCACGCACGCUCCCUCGCCAUCGAUUCGCAGACAACCCCUAGGGGCUCAGUUAUUUCAACGAUAUGACGGCUCUACCACACAAACCAACCCACCUGGUCCCGGCGUAGAUAGCCAGCGAGUCUACUCCGCCUUGAUGAAGCGCGUGCGCGAUAUGCACAAUCAAACUUUUCCAACGGCGGAACAGCAACGCGAAUUCGAGAGUUUGACUCACGGAUCUCUCCGCGAAAGGUCGUCUCUCCGAUCUUUGGGCAAAGCGCAACACCUCUACCAAGAUACAGAUCACAUCGACACUCCAACGCGCGCUCCAAGAAAGAGCAGUUUGUCUGGGUAUCAGGAACCUCAAGACCACCAACAGGGAAUGCGUUCCUCGUCCGCCAUAACCUCACAGUCGGCUGAAACCGGAUGGGGCGACUCAAAAGGACCUCGAGCUGCUUUCCAAGCUGGCAGGUCAAAGACUGCCCCUACUCCCGCAGCUAGCUCACAGAAAGCACACCAAGAUCCCUUCACAGAGCACGCCAAUCACCCACUUGGAGUUCAGGAUCAUCAAUCUGGAGGUCAACAGCUUUACGACAACCUUGGUCAGAACUCAGCCGCCUCAAACACGCCUGGUUCACAUCUGUUCCGAACAACAAGUCCGUUCCGCCGUACGUUGCGCGAAUCUAUGGAGGCAGAAUACAGUGCUAUAGCGCAGGCGAUCCAGGAAUCGAUUCAUUAUAACAGCUCGGACGACAACACGCAAAUCCGUUACUCUGGUCAGUUCGACCCUGCUUCAAAGGAUAGAAGUGAGGUCACGGACAACAACGAUUACACUGAGAGUGUGUAUUCUACAGACGAGAAUGGGAACGGUCCACCUAACGGGGCAUUGGAUGAUAGCUACAAUCUUCGCAACAGGAGAUCUGUAGGCUCACCCCUCGCUUACCAUCCGGCGAAUCUUGGGAUCGAGUCCUCAGCCAGCUCUGUUGACUGGAAGACGUGGCUAUCAGCAAAUGUUGGCAAGAAUGAAUCGUCUCCUUCGACCCCGGUGGAAGUUGAAUACGCAAUUCCUACGAUGCCCAACAGCUUCCCCAACCGUCAUGUCCGUGAGUCGACACAAAUCAACGAAGACUGCGAGGAUGAUGGCGAUGUGUACGAGCCUCCAACCCAUCGACCGUCACUUCCAACUUCUCCCUUGGCGACAAUCGAGCCCAACGUUGUGAAGCUAUCGCCAGAGCAACGCUCAGUCAAGCGUACCACGCCACCUCUUUCCGGUAGAGCUUUACUCGAGAAUGAUAGCCCAGGAGCUCCUCCUAUUCCGGCAAAGAGUGCUUUGAGAUGUACCCCUUCGCCGCUUAAGCGUUCUGGGCAAAACAGAGGCCACUACAUGUCACCUUCGAUCACAUCCAGCCCUGGUUUAAGUGCGGCGGUUCAACGUCAGUUUGGACCGGUCUCUACCAAGCAGAACGGCUAUGCGGCUGAUCAUCAACGACAGGUUGACUCCUCGGAAGGUGACCAUGCAGGUCAGGAAACUAGAGGAGUGGCAGACAAUCGGGGCUUCGGAAAGUUGAAGAUGUCACAGAUACUGGAAGGAGGAUUCCGUCGAAGGGUAGCGAGCAGUGACAGCAGUGCGGCAGCCUUUCUUUAA